CGGGCGCUGCUGCUGCUGCUCCUGGCGCUGCUGCUCCGCGCUCCCGCGCCGGGCUCCGCGCAGGCAGUGUGCGCGGGGACCCUGAACGGGCUGAGCGUGACGGGGGACGCGCAGCACCAGUACCAGACCCUGCACAAGAUGUACAACAACUGCGAGAUCGUGAUGGGCAACCUGGAGAUCGUCCUCAUCGACCACGCACAGGACCUGUCCUUCCUGCAGACCAUCCGGGAGGUGACGGGCUACAUCCUGAUCGCCAUGAACGUCUUCGCGUCGCUGCCGCUGCAGAACCUGCGCGUCAUCCGCGGGACCCAGUUCUACGAGGAGAAGUUCGCCCUCUUCGUCCUCCUCAACUACAACCCCAACGCCACCCACGCCCUGCGCCACCUCGGCCUCAACCAGCUCACAGAGAUCCUGGCUGGCGGCGUCUACAUCGAGAAGAACGCGCAGCUCUGCCACGUGGACACGGUGGAGUGGAGGGACAUCAUGCGGGACCCCCGCCAGGAGCCCAUCGUCAGGGACAACGGCAAGGCCUGUGCCCCGUGCCACGAGAGCUGCGGCGGGCACUGCUGGGGGCCCGGCCCCGAGGAUUGCCAGAAACUGACCAAGACCAUCUGUGCCCCCCAGUGCAACGGGCGCUGCUUCGGGCGGGCGCCCAACGAGUGCUGCCACGAGGAGUGUGCGGGGGGCUGCACCGGCCCCCUCCGCACCCACUGCUUCGCCUGCCGGCACUUCAACGACAGCGGGGAGUGCGUCCCCCUCUGCCCCCAGCCCCUCAUCUACAACAAGCUGACCUUCCAGCUGGAGCCCAAUCCCGACACCAAGUACCAGUACGGGGGCGUCUGUGUCCGGGAGUGCCCCCACAACUUCGUGGUGGACCAGAGCUCCUGCGUCCGCGCCUGCCCCAACGACAAGAUGGAGGUGGAGAAGAACGGGCUGAAGAUGUGCGAGCCCUGCGGGGGGCUGUGCCCCAAGGCCUGCGAGGGCACCGGCGCCGGCAGCAAGUACCAGACCGUGGACUCCAGCAACAUCGACACCUUCGUCAACUGCACCAAGAUCCUGGGCAACCUGGACUUCCUCAUCACGGGCCUGGAGGGGGAUCCCUGGCGCAACAUCUCCGCCCUGGACCCCGAGAAGCUGAACGUGUUCCGGACGGUGCGGGAGAUCACGGGGUACCUGAACAUCCAGUCCUGGCCCAAGCACAUGCAGAACUUCAGCGUCUUCUCCAACCUGGAGACCAUUGGCGGGCGGAGCCUCUACAACCGGGGCUUCUCCCUGCUGAUCAUGAAGAACGAGAACGUGACGUCCCUGGGGCUGCGCUCGCUGCGGGAGGUGAGCGCGGGCCGCGUGUACAUCACCGAGAACCGGCGGCUCUGCUUCCUGCACACCGUGCACUGGGCGGCCCUGAGCCGCUCCCGCGCCGACCUCGACAUCCGCAACAACAGACCCCGCAGCAAGUGCCAGCAAGAGGGGAAGGUGUGUGACCCGCUGUGCUCGGCCGAGGGCUGCUGGGGGCCCGGCCCCGGGCAGUGCCUGUCCUGCCGCCACUACAGCCGGCGCGGGGUCUGCGUGCCCACCUGCCGCUUCACCCACGGGGAGACGCGGGAGUUCUCCCAGGACGGCGAGUGCUUCGAGUGCCACCCCGAGUGCGAGCGCAUCGAGGGCGGCGUCACCUGCAACGGCUCGGGCGCCGACACCUGCACCCGCUGUGCCCACUAUCGCGACGGGCCCCACUGCGUGGAGAGAUGCCCCGACGGCGUCCUGGGCGAGCGCGGCCCCAUCUACAAGUUCCCCGACGGCAGCCGCGAGUGCCGGCCCUGCCACGAGAACUGCACCCGCGGGUGCCUGGGGCCGCUGCUGCGGGACUGCCUGGGGGACGCCCUGCCCGUGUCCAGAAAGGCGCCGACGCUGAUCGCGGUGAUGGUGGUCGGGGGGCUCUUCCUCUCCUGCUCCAUCGUCCUCCUCGCGCUGCUCUACUGGCGAGGGAAGAAGAUCCAGAAGAAACGGGCGAUGCGGCGCUACCUGGAGAGGGGAGAGAGCCUGGAGCCGCUGGAUCCCAGUGAAAAGGCCAACAAGGUGCUGGCCCGGAUCUUCAAGGAGACGGAGCUGAAGCGGCUGAAGGUUCUGGGCUCCGGCGUCUUCGGCACCGUGCACAAGGGCAUCUGGAUCCCAGAUGGGGACUCCAUCAAGAUCCCGGUGAGCAUCAAGGUGAUCCAGGACUGGAGUGGGCAGCAGUCCUUCCACGCCGUCACCGACCACAUGCUGGCCAUCGGCAGCCUGGACCACUCGUACAUCGUGCGGCUGCUGGGGAUCUGCCCGGGGCCGCAGCUCCAGCUGGUGACGCAGCUCCUGCCCCUGGGCUCCGUGCUCGAGUACGUGCGCAAGAACCGCGACUCCAUCAGCCCCCAGCUGCUGCUCAACUGGUGCGUCCAGGUGGCCAAGGGCAUGUACUACCUGGAGGAGCACCGCAUGGUCCACCGCAACCUGGCCGCCCGCAACGUGCUGCUCAAGUCCCCCAGCCAGGUGCAGGUGGCCGAUUUCGGCAUCGCCGACCUGCUCUACCCCGACGACAAGAAGUAUUUCUACAACGAGGUCAAGGGCGGGGGGUCGCGGCCGCUGCGGCGCAGCCGUCAGGAGUCCCUGGGCCGGACGGUGUCGGAGUCGUCGGAGGGUCGCGGCACCGCCUCGGAGCUGGACCUGGGCGAGGGCGGGUCCCUGUCCGGGAGCCUCUGCCGCAGCCUCCGCUCGCGGGGGGACAGCGCGUACCUUUCCCAGCGGGAGAGCUUCCCCCCCCCGCCCCCCAGCUCCGAGGGCAGCGAGGAGGACCCCAAUGGAUACGUGACCCCCAACUGCGCCCAGCGGGAUCCAGACCCCGCCGGGGGCUCGCUGCCGGAGCCGGAGGAGGAGGAGUACGAGUACAUGAACCGCCGGCCCGGGGGCGCCCCGGGAGCCCCCCAACCCCGGCCGGCCUCGCUGGAGGAGCUGGGCUACGAGUACAUGGAGGUGGGCUCGGAGCCGGGGGGGCCCCCGGGAGCCCCCCCGGGCCGGGGCGGGCAGGACGAGGAGGACUAUGAGUACAUGAACAAGCAGCCGCGGCUGAGCCGCUCGCUGGGCAGCGUGUCCGGGGCGCCGGGACCCCGCCCCGAGGGCAGCACCCCCCGCCACGACGGCUACACCGACAUGCGGCCCGGGGAGACCCCCGCGCCCCCCGGCCCGGAGGAGGAGCAGGGCUACGAGGAGAUGGAAGCCGUGGUGACCCCGCGCUGCCCCGGCUGCCGCGGGACCCCCGCCCCCGGCAUGAAGCCCCUGCGCAGCCUGGAGGCCUCGGACUGUGCCUUCGACAACCCCGACUAUUGGCACAGCCGCCUCUUCGCCAAGGCCGAUGCCCAGCGGACGUAGGGGACCCCCCCCGGCCGCCCCCCGGGCCCCCCCCCGGGGCCACUCACACUGGAUAUGAAGGAUCCCCCCGGGGGGAGGAACCCCGGCGGGAGGUGGGCGGGACCGGGGGGGGGUCUCAGCCCGGUCCGGGGGGCUCCUGCUCCCCCCCACCCUUUGCAGGGUCUU